CUGUAUCUUAUAGAUAGCUGAUUUCGUGACCUGGCAGUUUAUCACGGCUUCCCACAUGAACGACAUCUAUGCCCGUGGACCCACAGAUUCGAAAUGGGUUUGCAUGCGCUACUUGCAACGCAUCGUCGAAAUGGCCCAGGCCAACUGCAUCAUUGUCCUCAUCGAGUAUCCCAGCUUCCUGAGCAUUCUCUCCGACGAGCGGCAUGUGAUCAAGUGUGAGAAGCAGCCGGACAAAGAAUCCUGGGACGUUAAAGUUGCGUCCGCCGAAUCGUCCGAGUCCCGCUUGGAAAUCCUUAAGAAUGCCAUAAAUUUGGAGCUAGGCAGUGUCGCGCCCGCCACCCCUCAAGAAUAAGGCAUCUAUCAAGCGCUCAUCCAAUUUUAGUUUUACAAAUAUUUCCUUUGCUCCUCCAUUGUUCCAUUGCUCGUUUUGUAAUUACGCAGCCGCCUCCGCCGCCGCUGCCGCUCACGGAACAACAACAGGAGCACCAUUCUUCAGCUCCAUUUCAAUUAGGGUUUUGCCGGCUGUCAGUUUGAAUGCCACACAGCCAGCAAGCCAUCGCCAUCAUCAUCACCAUUCUCAUCCUCAUCCAUAUCCCUGCCACCGCAACAGCAGCAGCAACUGCAACUACAACUACAAUGGCUGUCAGUCAAAGGCACGCGUCAUUUGCUGGCGAAAUGCAUUUUACGUAAACCUAAAAGCAUUUUAAGCUAAACCUCAACGCCCACCGCUAUCGACCCAGUUAGAAGACGGGUACCACGGCCUGGAGAUGCAUUUGGAAGGAGCGACUGUCUGUCUGGCUGACUUGACUGAUUGGCGGUUGUUGGGGCAACUUUUCGACGCAAGAACAUAUCCGAAUGUGCUAC